AGUACGGCGCCGGCGGCGGUGACGCGAGGAACGGUGACGGCUGACGGUCCGAGGACGGGUGGUGAUUGGUGACUGGUGACGGUCUGGUGACGGUUGCAGUGGCUGGUGAUCAGUGACAGGUCACAGGGUGAAGGUCUGGUAAUUGGUGACACCAAUUGCUAGUGUCGGUUCACUGAGUGGUGACUCUCCACCAGUGUUUUGGUUCAGAACAGCUGAUCGGUGCUGCCUGUUCCCGACAAGUGCUAGUGCUACUUCUGGUGCCACUCCGUCUGGUGCUAGAGCUGGUGACAGAUGGAGGCCGGCGUGGCCCGCUGACUGGUGCCGUCGGUGCUCAGUUGGUGCCGGGGACGAUGUUACCGGACAGUCCGACCGACGGUGGGCCGGUCAGUGGUCUGGCGGCGCCCAAAUUCAGCAUGCUGACACUGGCAGCAAUGGUUCGGCCCGGUCUGAUCAGACGACUGAGCAGCCUGGGCAGCGGCUCCGCGGCCGCCAGCCCAGAGAAGGGCGACUGUGCCACCCAGUCCGCCUUCCACGAGCUCGGACAGAAGUACGGGUUCGCCCCGGACAUAUCCGACGCCGCGCUGCCCCAGAAGCUCGAGGAACUCCGCGAGUACAUCAAACGCGAGAUCCGGCGAGAGCUCAAAAUCAAAGAGGGCGCCGAAAAGCUGCGGACGGCCACCAGCGACAAGAAGAGCUUGCAGAACGUCUCGAGCAUCGUGAAGAAGGCGAAUACCAAGCUGCAAGAGCUGCAGGCCGAGCUGCACGAGCUCGACAGUCAGAUCCUGUUGACGCAGGGUCAGGCGGAACAUGAGGCGGGCGCGACGCAGCAGCUCUGCACCAGUCUACCAGAGGCUCCGAUGUCACCGAUUGGAGACACUCCCCUGGAGGACCACCCGCUCACCACCACCGACCAGCGGCUGCAGAGUCUGGGGCGGCAGCUGGAUAUCGAGAUGAAGGUGAAGCAGGGCGCGGAGAAUCUGAUCAGCAUGUACUCGGCCGGCGGCCAGCAGAGUAAGAAGCUGCUGGCCGAUGCACAUCAGAUGCUCGAGGACGCCAAGGCCAAGAUCGACUACAUCAAGAUGCGCAUCAACAAACUGAGUCAGAACGUGGCACAGAGCUCCGUCGGCGAGAGCCGGUCCAUCGCCUCGGCGGUGGACCGGGCGUACGAGACCAGUCAGCUGACGCCCCUGGAUGUUCGUAUCGAGGAGCUGCGCCACCACCUGCGUAUUGAGACGGCCGUCAUGGACGGAGCCAAGAACGCCAUACGCCUGCUGCAGAGUGGCAAAGUCACCGACAAAAAGGCGCUUCAGGAGGCGCAGCAGAGUCUGCAGGAGUCCAGCAGGAAGCUGGACCUGCUCCGCCUCUCGCUGGACCGACGGCGGAAGGAGCUGCCACCUGGCUCACUGAAGGCUGACGAGCUGAAGGAGGACCUGGACCAGGUGCAGUCGCCCUCCACCAACUCUGCCAGUCUGGAGAACUUCCGGCGCAGUGUGGAGCCGCGCGACACGCCCCCGGCGGCCCCCUGUCCGGGCGCACUACGCUACCGACCGAGCACUAAUGUGGUCAAAACCGCCGCCGUCACCGGAAAACUGGAAGUCCGUCUACUCGGCUGCCAGGGCCUGCUGGAGGAAGUACCGGGCCGGUCUCGGCGGGACUCUGUCCACGGCAUCUCCAGCCCGUCCGACCUGCGCUUCUUCAUGAAGGGCGUCACCGGCCGCUCCUCGUCUAAAUCGUACAGCGUCAAAGACGAGACUAGCACACCGGGGCUGGUGCGCCAGGUCCUCAACAACCCCUGCCUGCCGCGCUCCGCCGAGCUCGCCUCCAAUGAGAUUAUGGCGGUGCUGAAGCUGGAUAACGUGGCGGUGGGCCAGACCAGCUGGAAGGCGUGCUCCCAGCAGGCCUGGGACCAGCGCUUCUCCAUCGACCUCGACAAGUCGCGCGAGCUCGAGGUGGACAUUUACUGGCGCGACUGGCGCUCGCUGUGCGCCGUCAAGUUCCUCCGUCUGGAGGAGUUUAUUGAUGACGUUCGGGACGGCAUGGCGCUUCAGCUCGAGCCGCAGGGACUGCUCUUCGCUGAGAUUAAAUUCCUGAACCCGAUGAUUUCGCGCCGGCCCAAGCUGCAGCGACAGCGGAAGAUCUUCAAGCACAAGGGGAAGACGAUCCUGCGUCCCAAACAGAUGAACAUCAACGUGGCCACCUGGGGGCGGCUGAUGAAGCGCGACCUGCCGGCGGCGCAGGGCUCAGAGGUCUCCUCCGGACCGUCCAGUCAGAGCAGUACGCUCCAGCGCCCGCUGGGCCGUCUGGACUCGAGCGAGCCGCCGCCAGACGAUAUGGAGACUGAGCUGCUCACCCCUGCCGAGGGAGGAGCCGCCCGGCCGCUCACCAUGGCUGAGGCCGUCAAAACCACCCCGCCGCCCACCAUAUACUCACACUCACCCAGUUUAUCGUCUAGCUCGAGCAUACAUGGACAUCGGAAGCCCAUGCCAGUGCCGACCCCCACCGUUCCGCCCAAACUGGGCUCUCCCACCGACCCGAUGGCCAAGCUGCCGGGUGACAUAUCGCCGCUGGGCGCCCCCGGGCAGCGCGAGAGCCGCCAUGUCAACAUUAUCGAGGUGGGGGACGAGGGUGCCGGAGUCACCGUCACUCAUAUGUCGGUGGGGGGUCGUGGGCUGGCGCAGCAGCCGACAGAAGAGCCCAUCGUCGUCGAACCCGAGGAUGAUGAGCCUCCGAUGGUGCCUCUGCGGCCGAGCCGCCGCGCCACGGCCGUCGAGUACCGUGACUCGGCCUACGAGUCACACCGAGUCUCCCAGCUCAGCGGUAUGACUCUGGACAACUUCAGGAUGAUCGCCGUGCUGGGACGCGGACACUUCGGAAAGGUGAUUCUGACUCAGUACCGCAACACGGGCGAGUACUACGCCAUCAAGGCGCUGAAGAAGGCCGACAUCAUCUCCCGCGACGAGGUGGAGUCGCUGCUGGCGGAGAAGCGCAUCUUCGAGGUGGCCAACUCUGUACGGCACCCGUUCCUGGUCAACCUGUUCAGCUGCUUCCAGACUGAGAGUCACGUGUGUUUUGUGAUGGAGUACGCGGCCGGUGGUGACCUGAUGAUGCACAUCCACUCUGACGUGUUCACCGAGCCACGCGCCGUGUUCUACGCUGCCUGCGUGGUGCUUGGCCUGCAGUACCUGCACGAAAACAAAAUCAUUUACCGUGACCUGAAGCUGGACAACCUGCUUCUCGACACGGACGGCUACGUCAAAAUCGCCGACUUCGGUCUCUGUAAGGAAGGUAUGGGCUACGGCGACCGUACGGGCACCUUCUGCGGCACGCCAGAGUUCCUGGCGCCCGAGGUGCUCACCGAACAGACGUACACGCGCGCCGUCGACUGGUGGGGGCUGGGGGUGCUCAUCUUCGAGAUGCUGGUCGGCGAGUCUCCGUUCCCGGGAGAUGACGAGGAGGAGGUGUUCGACAGUAUCGUCAACGACGAGCUCAGAUACCCGCGCUUCCUGUCGCUGCAGGCCAUCGCCAUCAUGCGCCGGCUGUUGCGUAAGAACCCGGAGCGCCGUCUGGGUGCCAGCGAGCGAGACGCCGAGGAUGUCAAGAAGCAGACCUUCUUCAGCGGAGUCGACUGGGAGGAGCUGCUCGCGCGACGCGUCCGGCCGCCCUUCGUGCCCACCAUCAAAAGCGUCGAGGACGUGUCCAACUUUGACGAGGAGUUUACCUCGGAGCGGGCCGUCCUGACGCCGCCCAAGGAGGCGCGCGUGCUGACCGGACCCGACCAGGCGCUGUUCCGCGACUUCACCUACACGGCCGACUGGUGCUAGCUGACCGAGGGGACUCGGCUGAGGCGAGCCGGGGACUGGGGGGCUCAGCCGGGCUGGGGUAGUACUUCCCUGCCGGGCUGGGGAGGGCUGUCCGACGGGCUGGGUAGGGCUGCCCUGCCGGGCUGGGGCUGAUGGCUUGGUGGCUGAGGUCUCUAAGCCCGCUGGGCCCGAGAUAGCCCUGAAAGUCUGACAAGCAGCUGUUGCUAGGGCUGUCCCGCCAGGCUGGGCGCAAAG